AUGCUGAAAAACGAGUACUCUGGGACCCGGAGGAAGCGCUCCUACAUCCCACAAUUCAAGGUCCGCCUCGCCGAGCUGAUCCAGCAAUACCCGGUGCUCUAUCAGAAGAGUAUCCCCUGGGAGCAAAAGCACGAAUCGCCGACGGAAUGCUGGACGAAAAUCGCGCAGACGAUGGCCAGGGAAUUCGAGAUGCCGGGCAGCACGAAAACCAUCGUCUCCGAGCUGAUCUAUUUGUGGCGAAAUCUGCGCGAUCAGCUGCGCCAUCACCGAAAGUUGGCCGAGAGAAAGAGCGACCAGACCGGUGAGGACCCCUAUGACCACAUCCGGCGCUGGGAAUUCUUCGAGGCGCUCAGCUUUUUGAAUGAGGAGAUGGAAAGGGAAACGACGCCCGGUGCCGCUGGAAAAGUGGCGAAGGUGCCAAUUCGGGAUAUUCUCAAUAGCAUGCCGAACCCGGAAUCGGAAGAUGAGGGAGGAGACGAACCUGAACAUCUCUUCAGUCUCAAUGAUAUUCUGAUGGGAAAUUACAAGGAUUUGGAUGAGAGCAAGAUAUCCCCAUCGAAUACCAGCAGCUUUGAGAUGCCUGAAAGCAGCGAUGCGGCUAGCUUGCUGAAGGAAUGGGGAGGAGAGGAGAACGAGUUGAAGCCGCUUUUCGUGAAAAACGACGAUCCGCCAACACCCCAACACCAACCGAUGGUGCCAAAGAAAAAGGCGCGGAUGAGUAUGCCGAGUUUUCGAGAUGAUUCGCCUCUCGCUGCGCCUGCCAUUGAAAAGCGCGACGACGACCCGGCGAUAAUCCAGCUGAUCCGCGAGAAAUACAAGAGCUAUCAGGGACAAUCGAAGGGGUUGGCCGAAGAAUUCGAGAAUGAACUGCUGGCCCUGAUUGUCACUUUCAAUAAGAAAUCCUCAGCUUCGAGUUCGUCA